AAAUUCAUGGAGAAGAGUCUCCGAUGGGUUACUCUAGGUGGGCAAUACGAUUGGACGAACAAAGUCUAUCCGGACGAGGCGCCGCCAGCGUUUCCAACCGAUAUCAAAGACCUACUCGAGGGUAUUUUCCCAGAAAUGAAGGCUCAAGCGGCGAUUGUCAAUUUAUACAGCCCAGGCGACACCCUUAGCUUGCACAGAGACGUCAGCGAAGAGAGCGACAAUGGCCUUGUUAGCAUUAGCUUGGGUUGCGACUGCCUUUUCGUCGUUGGUUUGGGCCGAGACCCGUCCGAUUCCAUUGUGGUUCACCUUCGGUCCGGGGACGCUUUGCUCAUGUCAAGGGAAUCUCGGUUUGCCUGGCACGGAGUACCAAAGAUCUUACCAAGCUCGUGUCCCACAUAUCUCGCGUCGUGGCCUGCAGAAGAUAACCAAUACGAGGAAUGGCGAGACUGGAUGAUAAACAAGAGAAUCAACCUUAACGUUCGGCAAAUGUUUGAUUGAGUGGUUUAUUUCCACCGAUACGAAAAAAUCAUUAUCCCGACGAAUUGAACCCCGUCGAAGCAGCACUAGAGAUUUUAUAACCUAAUAGGCACUCUAUGGAUUUCCUGAAUUGGAAAGUACUGCCGAGAUUCCGAUCAGCAGGGUAAGUCGACGGUGAGGUCAUGCCCUAAGCAUAUCUUAUCGCUCAAUGCGGGCAAUGCGGGGAAGCGUCAGCGAAAGUUAAAACAGCCCCCCAUUACCAAUGUUUUCUUCAAAUUAUAAGCUUUUACUGCUAUACGCUAUAAGCUGCAUAUAAAUUCGCCAUGUCGACGUGGAAAGAAGUAGCUCAAGCAAAGCGCGCGUCGAUCAGAGCGGAAAUUCCGGAGAAAUGGCUCUUAGCAUCUAUCCCGUCUGUACAACAACAAAAAGAUGUAACGGGCAAAUACAUACAAAAAUUUCUAACAGAGAGAGAAAUUGAGAUUACGGAAACAGAUGCUGUCGGAAUUGUCGCAAAAACAACAACUGGGGCUUGGAAAGCAAGAGAAGUGACAGAAGCUUUCUGUCAUAGAGCUGCCCUUGCACAUCAACUAGUCAACUGUCUCCACGAAAUAUUCUUCGAAGCAGCAAUUGUAGACGCGCAAAAGCUCGACGACUACUACGCUAAGAACAAUGCCCCAAUUGGUCCGCUCCAUGGCCUUCCUAUCUCCCUUAAAGAUCAAUUCCAUGUUCGCGGCGUUGAAACAACUAUGGGAUAUGUGGGCUGGAUAAAUACUUUUGAGGGAGUAAAGGGGACUGGAAAGGAGCGCGUCUUCGAGUCUGAGAUGGUGCGGGAGCUCUGUAACCUUGGUGCUGUGCUAUACGUUAAGACCGCAGUUCCUCAUACAUUGAUGCAUGGAGAGACAGUGAACAACGUUAUUGGAUACUGCUGGAAUCCCAAGAAUCGCCGUCUUGUUUGCGGUGGUAGUUCGGGAGGAGAGGGCGCCCUUAUUGCCUGUCGAGGUGCCCCUAUCGGUCUCGGCACAGACAUCGGAGGCAGCAUUCGUGUGCCUUCGUCCUUUAACGGACUCUAUGGAAUUCGCCCCAGUGUAGGAAGGUUACCAUAUGAGGGCAUGGCGAACGCCAUGCAAGGUCAGAAUUCGAUCUUGUCAGUCGUAGGCCCCAUGGGUACGAGUGUCCGCGGGCUGAGACUGGUCAUGAAGGCUAUUCUGACACAGAAGCCAUGGCUACAUGACCCUGCCGUGCAUGAGAUCCCAUGGCGUAGCGAGCAAGAGGAGGCUGUGCUUAAGCUCAUCAAGUCUUCCGGCAAGGGCCGCCAGCUCGCUUUUGGCGUCUACCGCCACGAUGGUGUCGUGCGCCCUCUUCCACCUGUUCGACGUGCCCUUGGUAUUGUAGUCAAGACGAUCGAGAAGCUAGGCCACAAAGUCAUUGACUGGGUACCACCUCCUCAUUAUUAUGCAUCAGAGAUCGCCUUAAAAACCUGGAUCUUCGACGGCGGUCUCGACGUCCACCAAUCCAUGGGUCUCGCCAGCGAACCCCUCGACCCAGCAAUCAGCGCCAUCUACGGCGCAGAACCCGUGCGCGAGUUCCAGGCUUCCGAAAUCGCGAAGGUGAAUGUCCAGAUCCGAGAGUACCGUAAGCAGUACAGUGAUUACUGGAACUCGACUGCUGAGUUGACCGGUACGGGAGAGGUGGUUGAUGCGUUCAUCAUGCCCGUUACGCCAUUCCCCGCGGCGAUGCCGAUGGAUUACCCGCAUUAUGAUUACUGUACCCUCGUCAACCUCCUCGACUACCCCUCCAUCGCCAUCCCGGUCACAAUCUCUUCGAAAACUCUUGAUCCCGUAGAUGACAAAUUUGUGAGCCUAAGCGGCAACCCGUUGGACAAGAAGACAUUCGAUGUCUAUGACCCAGAGAUAUUCGAUGGUGCGUUCGUGGGCCUGCAAUUGGUAGGCCGCCGAUUGCAUGAGGAGAGGCUGCUCGCGCUCGCAGAAAUGCUUGGGGAUGGGAUUGAAGGGCCAAAAUGAGAUUAUGCUAGUACUGGUUGAGCGAUUAGGAACCCCUUUGGAGUUGAUCAUUGUAUUAGAACAUUCAGAAUUAUAGCAGCAUUAAAGGGCGCAUUUAGGUUAAAUAUAUUAGAAAU